CUUGUCGACCCAAAAUCGCUGGACGCGCUCGAAAAAAUGGGUGGCGUCAAAGGACUGCUCAGGGGCCUUGGUACACACCCGAAGCACGGUCUGUCGGCGCGUGCGCUUGGUCAGCCUGCUGCCGCGCCCAAGCCUUCAGAAUCCGCAACUGAUCCCAGAUCUGACGGCGACUUCCACGACGGGCCCACGUACGACGUGAGCAUGGACGAGAGGCGGCGCAUAUAUGGAGCAAAUGUGCUCCCAACGCGAAAAACUAAGAGUUUGUUGCAACUGAUGUGGUUAGCGCUCAAGGACAAAGUCUUGGUGUUACUGAGCAUCGCGGCAGUUGUGUCCCUCGCACUGGGAUUCUUCCAGGACUUUGGGACACCUAGACCGCCGGGCGAGCCCCCCGUAGACUGGGUGGAAGGUGUCGCAAUCAUUGUCGCGAUUCUCAUAGUCGUCCUCGUUGGUUCCAUCAACGAUUGGCAGAAGGAACGGCAAUUCCAAACACUGAACGAGAAGAAGGAAGAGCGUGGCGUGAAGGUUAUCCGCGCGGGUGUCGAGCGCGUGAUUGAUGUGCACGAGGUCGUUGUGGGCGAUGUCGCGCUUCUGGAGCCGGGCGAGAUCGUUCCGUGCGACGGGGUGUUUUUGGGCGGGCAUAAUGUCCGAUGCGAUGAGUCCGGCGCAACGGGUGAGAGCGAUGCGAUAAGGAAGGUGGAUUAUGACGAGGCGAUGCGAAUACACGGGGAGCACGGCGACGAAGAGCAUGGACCUGGGCAUGCGGGCGCUGAUUGCUUCGUGGUGAGUGGUGCCAAGGUCUUGGAAGGCUACGGCAGCUACGUGGUCAUCGCGGUUGGUCCAAGGUCAUUCAACGGGCGUAUCAUGAUGGCGCUCCGCGGCGACACGGAGAACACUCCCUUGCAGCUGAAGCUCAACGACCUCGCGGAGUUGAUUGCGAAAGUUGGCAGCGCGGCCGGAAUCCUGCUUUUCACGGCGCUUAUGAUUCGAUUCUUUGUUCAAUUGGGGACCAACGAGCCCCCGCGUACCGCGAACCAGAAAGGCAUCGCGUUCGUUCAGAUCCUGAUCAUCUCGGUGACCCUGAUCGUCGUCGCUGUCCCUGAAGGUCUGCCUCUGGCGGUGACGCUUGCGUUGGCUUUUGCCACGAAACGCAUGACGAAGGAGAACCUCCUUGUGCGCGUUCUCGGUUCGUGCGAGACCAUGGCGAAUGCGAGCGUGGUCUGUACGGACAAGACGGGAACGCUCACGCAGAACGUCAUGACGAUCGUGGCCGGCGCCGUCGGCAUCCACUGCAAGUUCGUGCGCAAGCUUGAGGAAAACAGAGCCCGAUCCAAUGUGCAUGGCGAUGAGGGAGACGAGGAUAGGCCACAGGCCGGUCCGAGUCGUCCCAGCCGCAGCGGAAAGCAUACGGAGGACUUCUCGAUCGACCAGAACCAAAUCAACGACGUUUUCUCCCCGCAAUUGUGUGAGUUGUUCAACGAGGCAAUAGCGGUCAACUCUACGGCAUUCGAGGACACGGAUCCGGAGACUGGUGAACUGGUCUUUGUGGGCAGCAAAACGGAGAUGGCGCUUCUCAAAUUCGCCAAGGAGAAUGGCUGGGCAGACUACAAGGUCACCCGGGACGCUGCGGAUAUCGUGCAAAUGAUGCCUUUUUCAAGCAAGCGUAAGGCGAUGGGUGUCGUCGUUCGGAUGAAGGACGGGAGGUACCGGAUCUACCUCAAGGGCGCAAGUGAGAUACUGUCGAAGAAGUGCACUCGAUAUGUCGUGGUCAAGUCCGAUGGCACAACGAAGGCUGGCCAGAACGUAGAGACGGCGGAGAUCGACGACCUAGCAAGCGAUAAUAUUUCGCGGACAAUCAUUUUCUACGCGAACCAGAUGCUACGGACAAUUUCUGUGUGCUAUCGUGACUUCGAGACCUGGCCGCCUGCGGGUGCUAGCUACACCGCGGAAGACGAGGUUGAGUACGACGAUCUAGCACAAGACCUCACUCUCAUUGCCAUCACUGGCCUCGAGGAUCCCCUCCGUGAGGGUGUCCGAGAGGCCGUUUCCGACUGUCGGAAGGCUGGCGUCAGCGUCAAGAUGUGCACCGGCGACAAUGUCCUAACCGCGCGAUCUAUCGCGGCACAGUGUGGCAUUUUCACGGCAGGCGGUAUAAUUAUGGAAGGACCUGCCUUCAGGUCCCUCAGCUCGAAUGAGCUGCUUGAAGUCGUGCCACGCCUUCAGGUCCUCGCACGUUCUUCACCUGAUGACAAGAAACUACUCGUGGAGAAGCUCCGCGAGCUUGGUGAGAUUGUCGGUGUAACGGGUGAUGGCACGAACGACGGCCCAGCGCUCAAGACGGCCGACGUGGGGUUCUCUAUGGGCAUCUCUGGAACCGAAGUUGCAAAGGAAGCGUCGGACAUUAUUCUCAUGGACGACAACUUUGCGUCGAUUGUGAAAGCCAUCAUGUGGGGGCGGUGCGUCAACGAUGCGGUACGCAAGUUUCUGCAGUUCCAAAUAUCCACAAAUGUUACUGCUGUCGUGGUGACGUUUGUGUCUGCUAUCGCGUCUGCGUCGGAGACUUCAGUGCUAUCUGCUGUUCAACUCCUAUGGAUUAACAUCAUCAUGGACACCUUCGCUGCGCUAGCUCUGGCAACCGAUCCUGCUUCGCCCGCGCUUCUGGACCGCAAACCAGAGAAGAAGACCUCACCGCUAUUCACCGCGGAUAUGUAUAAGCAAAUCGUCGGGCAAUCUAUUUAUCAAAUCAUCAUCGUGCUUAUCUUCCAUUUCCUGGGCAAUCGCAUUCUGCGGUUCGACCCGAACACGAAUGCGUCUGUUGUGCAGACGUUAGUGUUCAAUAUUUUCGUCUUCGCCCAGAUUGCGAACUCGGUGAACUGUCGCCGACUAGACAAUCGUCUAAAUAUUUUCGAAGGCAUUACUCGAAACUACUAUUUCAUGGGUAUCACUUUCAUCGAGAUCGCGGUCCAGGUGCUCAUCGUUUUUGUGGGCGGUGCUGCAUUCCAGGUUACUCGCAUUGGCGGUGCUGAGUGGGGUAUUGGGCUUGCCCUUGGCAUCGUCUCGAUACCUCUUGGUGCUCUCAUCCGUUGCAUCCCGAAUGGACCAGUAGAGCGCGCACUGAUCGCCAUGCGGAUACACUCCAAUCCCGAAGUCCUGCCUACGGUCAGACCAGACAACGAGUGGAACGCGGCCAUUGAUCUCGUCAAGGACAACCUCAGUACAUUUGCCCAUGUUCGUGGCGGCCGUAUGCGUGCUUCAUCAUACGUGGGCAAGAGCCGCAAGGCUCGGCCUCUACCCGAGACUCGUAUGCCUUUGUCUUCAAUCAUGACGAUGGUCCCGACACUUGUCGCAUCUUCAAUUGGCUCUGCUGGCUGGACGCCUCAUACUCCGAACGGUCUGUCGGAUCCCGCGCAUUUCGACCCGUCCAAGUCAUCGGCGGCGCUGUGGGAAGGACGGCUACAAAUACACCCUGACACAAGGCCAGACGACCCCGCUUUGCGCAGAUGGGGGUCCUCCGCUCAGUCAAACUAAUCGCAUGGUCCUGCUUCGCAUCCUCACAUGAACACUCUUGUUGCACAUCACUGUAUCACUACAACUGCACACUCACGUACCUGUCAGACGCUUGAUACACGUCCGGCUUCUACAUCACGCCAAUUCCUCCGACCCGCAUGACAUACUUCAUGACCUCUUUGACCUGCUCUGUUCCCGCAUAUACUCUAUCAUGUGGUUUUGAUGUACUUAAUCGGCCUUAUUCAUUCAGGCCGUGACGUCGACGAGAACGUAAUGACCCGCACGACUUCCUUGCCCCUGACAUUACAUUUCGAGCUUCAUACAUACGCAGAAAUAAUGCUUCUUCAUGUUCAUUAUUCUUAUUUGUCCCCUCUUCGUCACCGUGGAUGUUGAUAGACUACGACACAUGUGCCUGCUAUAAUGCACAAUAGAGCUAGUGUGUUUGUUCGA